AUGGUUUCUUUGUCUAAAUUACUGGAAUGUUUAUUUCACCCACAAGAUUUGUUCUACAUGGCAAAAUUCCGUCUUGGAGGGAGUCCCCUAACCCCUUCAUUCAAGGGAAACAUCAGUGGAGAUCAAAAAAUAUGCUUUGAUCUGCUAGCCAAAACAAGUCGCAGUUUUGGUGGAGUCAUCCAGUCCCUAAACAAAGAGUUGAGCCUCCCCGUGGCCAUAUUUUAUCUCGUCUUGCGUGCAUUGGACACAAUCGAGGACGACACGUCCAUCGACCUCGAACUCAGGAAAGUCAUGCUCAAGGAAUUCCCAACACGAUUGAGUGACCCUUCUUUUGUUUAUCCACAAUCCAACGGAUCAGAGAUUCUCCAAAUGUUUCCGAUGUUAAAUUUAAAAUUUCACGUGCAGAUUUCACGGGAAUAUCUGUUACUGGAUGAUUCCUAUCGACGAGUGAUUGUCCGGGUGUGUGAGCAAAUGGCGAGAGGGAUGUGUGAGUACAUGGACAGAGGAGUAAAUACUUUGGCGGAAUGGGACGAGUAUUGCUAUUAUGUCGCCGGGUUGGUUGGGAUGGGCUUGUCUGCUCUUUUUGUGGGUGUUUCGGGGGAAGACGAUCGAUUGAACCAAAAACAGCUGUGGAAUUCCAUGGGGCUUUUCCUUCAAAAGACUAACAUUAUUCGUGACUAUGCCGAAGACCUUUCAGAAAACAGAGCUUUUUGGCCAAAAGAAGUAAUGAUAUAUAUAUUUUUUAGGUUUGGUGCAAAUAUGACUCCAAAAUAUUCUUAUUUUGUGAUGGCAAUGGCCACUCUUGAAAGAUGCUUCAAUAACCCUGAUGUGCUUAGACGGAAUGUCAAGAUACGACGAGGGGAGACUGUGGCUAUCAUUAUGGGUGCCAGGGACUAUGACAGUGCACGGGCAUUGCUCUACAAAUACAUUCGAUCGGUGAGGUUAAUGGGUGGUAUUCCUAGCUUGCAAGUAAAGUGA